GAGGGGCGCUUCCUGUUUGUCUCUGGCCAGGGGCAGGAGUGGAUAUGGCGGCGGCAGGGACAGGAGGAGCAGGGACGACGUUCUCGCCGGCAGCGUCGGAAACAGGCCCGGCUUCUCGCGGGCCAGGCCGGCGCGGAGCUCGCAGAGGGCCGGUCAACAUCUUGAGUCAGCUCCGGCAUGCGCAGCUCAGCGGCUGGGGCCUGACGCGGGGGCCUCAGAUCACAGAAGCUUUGUUAAAAGAAAGAGAUAAACAAGCAAAGUGGAAUGGAAUUCCUCUGCUGUUACAGAAGCUGUAUGAAAAUAGUCAUCCCAACAGUGAUUUUUCCCAGUGCCAAAGCAUCUUGAAGGAAAUUUCUCCCCUCCUUUCAAUGGAAGCCAUGGCAUUUGUCACAGAAGAGAGAAAGAAUGCUCAAGAAUCCACUUUUCCAAAUACAUAUACUUUUGACCUUUUUGGAGGAGUUGAUCUUCUAGUAGAAAUACUUAUGAGACCAACUCUUAUCACACAGAAGAAGAAACAGAAGAUAAGCGAUGACCUUAUCAAAGAUUGCCUGAGCAUACUGUACAACACUUGCAUAUGUACUGAAGGGGUUACUAAACGAUUGGCAGAAAGAAAUGAUUUUGUUUUGUUUUUGUUUACAUUGAUGACAAACAAAAAGACAUUCCUACAAACAGCCACACUUAUUGAAGACAUUUUAGGAGUGAAAAAGGAAAUGAUUCAGUUAGAGGAUAUUCCAAAUCUCUCCAAUCUAGUUUCUAGCUUUGACCAACAGCAGCUUGCAAACUUUUGCAGGAUCCUUGCAGUUACAAUUUCAGAACUUGACACAGGCAGUGAUGAUAAACAUACACUACUUGCAAAAAAUGCUCAACAAAAGAAGAACUUGGGUCCUUCUCGGGCAGAAAUUAAUCAAGCUACACUUCUCAAUAUACCAGGCUUCAUUGAACGACUGUGCAAACUAGCAACCAGAAAAGUAUCAGAGACAACAGGGAAUCCUAGUUUUCUUCAGGAGUUGGAGGAGUGGUACACCUGGCUAGAUAAUGCACUUGUCCUUGAUGCACUAAUGCGUGUGGCAGAUGAAGAGACAGAGCAAAGCAGCACAGAAUCAUCAGAUGAGAGUGGAUUUGCCAACACUUCAACAAGGAAUCAGCUUCCACAGUCCAUGAAGAUUAUGCAUGAGAUCAUGUAUAAGCUGGAAGUUUUGUAUGUUCUUUGUGUUCUUUUAAUGGGCAGACAAAGGAAUCAGGUUCACAAGAUGAUUGCAGAAUUCAGAUUGAUCCCUGGCCUUAAUAAUUUGUUUGAUAAAUUGAUCUGGCGGAAGCAUUCAGCAUCAGCCCUUGUUUUGCAUGGACAUAAUCAAAACUGUGACUGUAGCCCAGAUAUUACCUUGAAGAUACAGUUUUUGAGACUACUUCAGAGUUUUAGUGAUCAUCAUGAGAACAAGUAUCUGCUUUUAAACAGCCAAGAACUUAAUGAACUGAGCGCUAUCUCCCUCAAAGCCAACAUCCCCGAGGUAGAAGCAGUUGUCAACACGGACAGAAGUUUAGUCUGUGACGGGAAAAGAGGCUUACUAACUAGAUUACUUCAGGUAAUGAAGAAAGAGCCUGCAGAAUCAUCAUUCAGGUUUUGGCAAGCCAGAGCAGUUGAAAGUUUCUUACGAGGUGCUACUUCCUAUGCAGACCAAAUGUUCCUGCUAAAAAGAGGGCUCCUAGAGCAUAUUCUCUACUGCAUUGUUGACAGUGAGUGCAAGUCACGAGAUGUGCUUCAGAGUUAUUUUGACCUUCUGGGAGAACUAAUGAAAUUCAAUAUAGACGCUUUCAAGAGGUUCAAUAAAUACAUCAAUACAGACGAAAAGUUUCAGAUAUUUUUGAAUCAGAUCAACAGUUCACUGGUUGAUUCCAACAUGUUAGUUCGUUGCAUCACCUUGUCUCUGGAUCGAUUUGAGAGCCAGUCAGAUAUUAAAGUUGCAGAGGUCUUGUCUGAAUGCCGCCUGCUAUCAUACAUGUCACAGAUGUCUAUGAGGAUGUCCUUCCUUUUCCGGCUAAUUAAUAUUAUUCAUGUGCAGACACUUACACAGGAAAAUGUAAGUUGUCUGAACACAAGUCUAGUUAUCUUAAUGCUGGCCAGAAGGAAAGACAAGCUCCCUUUCUAUCUGCAUACGCUCCAGGAGAUGGAAUACAAAAAGAAAUACCCAGGCUUCAUCCUGAAUAAUUUUCACAGUCUUCUGCGUUUCUGGCAACAACAUUACCUCAACAAGGACAAAGACAGCACCUGCUUAGAAAAUAGUUCAUGUAUUAGUUUUUCCUACUGGAAAGAGACUGUAUCUAUACUGCUUAGUCCAGACCGGACAUCACCUUGUGCCAUAGUUAGCUACAUUGAUGAGGCAUACAUGGACAUUGACAGAGAUUUCACCGAAGAGUAGUUCUUCCACUUCUGGCUUCCAGUGGGACUGUGCUUCCAAGGGAAUCUUGCAGACAAUGGAUUUUCAGGGAUAUGCUAUGUGCACAAGCUUGGAGCUAUGGAAUGUCACCAUGUUAAACAUUUUUUGCCUCCCUUCCCAGCUCUGUUUUGAUGAGCAAGAUGUCACAAACUUCCUGGGCAAUGUUUUCAGGGACUCUUGUGUUUUAUAAGAAACCGUCUGCAAAAAAAAAGCCUGGCCUUUUCCUGCUCAUUGGGGCUAGACCCUUUGAGCCUAAUAGAUGGGAUCCUUCAGUUGAGCAAGCUCUGGCUUUUCCUCCUGGUUACCAGGAUCACAUGUUAAAAGUGCAGACAAUUUUUAGGCCAUUCAAGCCAGUUUAUGGGCACACCAAAUGCACACCAGCCACAGUUAAGCCACCUUAGUUCCCCUCCUCCCGGGAAAAAUUCCAUGCUUUUUCCUUUGCAUUGGGACUGAGUUGAUUUUGUGUGGGUUUUGCUUGACAUUCAUGGAGGUAGUGGCUGUCUCAGCCUCUCUGUAAACUAUUUUGGUAUUUGUUUCCUUCAAAACUGUGUCCAAACUUCCUCUUUUGUUUGGUUGUGGUAUUGCACACAGAAAUAUGUCCCUCCAUUCUAUGGAAAUCUUUUGUCUCCAACUGAUUUUACAGUGUUGUCUAAAACGGGCAUACAUUGUGAUUAUUGGAUUAGUCUGAAAGCCUAGCUAUGGCUAGGCACUAAUAAAUUAAAAUCACUUAAUUCUUUUUCUAAAUAUUGCAGCCUGACCAUUUUGUCAAUAAACAACCAGUACAAGAUUAACAUUUCCUUCCAUAGUCCUGCUUUAGCUGUGAACAUGAAAUCUAAUCUUGAAUAGGAGUCUUAACUAAUCUGUCUAGGAACCUAGUGCCACAGACUAAAAUUACAAAAUUAACACCUUUUUUUCUGGUGUAUGUACUUAUGUUUCUGAAUUGUGAUAGUUACUGGAAGUGUCCCUUAUCAUAUUGGCACCUGUAUUAGAUGUUGCAUGUUGUAUUCCAUAUAAGACAAGGUACUUAGCAAGUCCUGGGUUUGCUGUUGUAACUGCCAGCAUUUGAGCAAGUCACUUGGAAUAUAGCUGAUAGUUAAAGCCAGAAAGUUUCUGAAAUGAACAUUUCUUGCAAUAUUGUGCUAUAGCACUUUAGAGACUUUAGCAGCCCUUUCCUUCAGUUCUGAAUUAUUCUGAUUGACCCUUAACAUGUAAAUUUACAGUUUUGAAUCAUUACCUACAUCUGAAUACAUAUUUGAGAAACUUGAAUCCGUAUGUUUUGUGUAUCCUUUAAAGGAAGACUAAGUCGUAGAAUCAGCCCUUGUUCUGAAGGAAAUUUUUAAACAUCCACAAGAAACUUAGAAUAACUGGGAAUGAGGGACUGUUUUCCCUUAUAUUUGCACUCUUUAUUUUACCUUCAGGUAGAAAUAAUGGAAAGAACUGUUUUAUUGUCGUUGACUUGGCACAGUUGCUAUCCUAAAUAAUGAAGUAUUGGUCUGAAGAAAAUAAAAAACCUAGAAGCUCCCACUUCCAGGCUAAAAUGUAUAGUACUUCUAAUUGUGAAUCUAUUGGUGAAACAAAACAGCACUUUAUUAAGACUAUUACCAUCUGUCUUGUCCUUUGUGGCUUGUCAAAAGUUAAAAUGGAAACUUGGAAGCAAAUUAUCUGUCUGUUAAAUAGAAGCAAACAGUGACACAUGAGAAGAAUUUUGUUUCCAGUCUACUGGCUUUAUACACGCACAUGCCAUUAACAGAUGUCAUUCAAGAGUGCAGAUGUUGGGACAGUGUUCAGUACAAGCAACCUUUAGGUUUACUCCCCCUCUCACCUCAGUUAAAUUUAUGUGCCAAUUCUGGAACUCUAGUAGCCAUACAUUUCAAAAUAAAUGCUAUGAAUUAAAAGGUUCAAACGAAUCUGAAUGCCUUUUGAAUAGUAUUAAUCAUUACAGCCAAACAGCAUUGCCAUGGAUUUGCAAAGAACACUCACUAAAACUUAAUUGUCAUCACCACAUAUUUCCUUGCCAUUGAAUGGUCAGGCUGCUUUUUAUCCUUUAUACAUUUGCUCUCACUAGUGAAAAUUCCUUAUCUACUCCUGGGGGCAGCUUAGUGGUUUUGCCUGUAUUUGUUUUUGGUUUACUGGUAUAGGCAAGUGUAAGGAGAUGGGCUGGGGGUUUUGACUCAGGCUGCACCAUUUGCCUUCAAGCUCUAGGAAGCUUGUAUGUCAGACUUCUACCAUGGCUUCUCCUGUGGAACCCUCUCUGCAAAUAUUUAGAGAUGGCAAUGGUAGGCUUAAGUGCGUCAAAGAGUGGUACCAAUGAGUGACAGUUAAUGUAUGACUAGAGAAAAAUGAAGUCACUCUCUAAUGGCUGUGCACCAGCUUUAGUUUGGCUUUGUAAUCACUAAAGGAACAGAACUGACAUGUGGCAAAAGGGUGGUCCUCACCAGGCCAGCAUAUGUUCCUGGAAAUUUUAAGUAUAUCAUGCUGCCCAGAUUAAUGCUGAUUUACUAACAGCACAUAAAUGUAUUAAAUGGAAACUAUUAAAAGAAUUUUAUUUUAAAAAGC